AUGGAUCCGUAUAUGCGUCACUUGCUUAGUCUGUUCACUGGUAUAGAGCAGGAGGGUGGGACAGGCAAAUAUUUGGGCCUGCCAGAAUGCUUUAGUGGUUCAAAACGAGACUUUAUGCAGUUUAUAAGUGAUAGUCUAAAGUCUCGACUUAGUGGGUGGUAUGAGAAAACGCUUUCCUUGAGAGGCUUGCUAGCCAAACAAGGAUGGAGACUCCUAGACUCUCCUAACUCUUUGGUGACUCGUGUUUAUAAGGCUAAAUAUUUUGAGAAUGUCCCCUUCUUUGAGGCUAGAAUCGGGUACAAGCCGUCGUAUGCUUGGCGGAGUAUAAUGUUUGGACGUGAGUUACUAGAAAAAGGUGUCAUGAAGUCCAUUGGAAAUGGUCAGGAUACUAGGGUGUGGCUCGACAAAUGGGUGUUUGAUGAUAGGCCGAGAAGACCGUUCAACAAGGAACUAACGAUUGACUUAAAUCUCAAUGUCUCGACUCUCAUUCAGGACGAUGGGGGGUGGAAUCCACAAACCCUCCAUGAUCUGUUCCCUCCUUGUGAGAUACCUAGGUUUAGGUCAUUUCCUCCAGCACAACACCUACAUGACCGAUAUGUUUGGGCUUUCACUCAAAAUGGCCAAUAUACAGUCAAAAGUGGGAACUGGUUGUUAUCUCAGGAGAGUGACAUUUUGAAUCCUAUAUCUACAGAUAUGAUUCGCGUUAACAAGGUUAAAAUUUGGGUUUUGGAGACUGCAAUUGAGCCUAAAAUCCGGUUGUUCCUUUGCAGAGCUUUGUCACAAGCUUUGGCGGUAGCAGAGUGUAUGAGCAGCCAUGGACUAUCUAUUAGCCCUCUCUGUCUGGUAUGUCACGUUGAGGAUGAGACAAUCACUCAUGUGUUAUUUAGUUGUCCUCUGGCGCGUGGAGUCUGGUCUGCAACUGGUCUUCCCACUCCGGCACAAGGCUUCUCAAACUCGGUUGUGGACAAUGUUUCUCUGAUCUUAAACUUUAUGAAACAAGCAGAAAUUGCUGAGGGUACUAGGCAAGCAAUUCCUUGGAUCUUAUGGGGGAUUUGGAAGGCUCAUAAUGAUGUUGUCUUCACACAACGGGAUCAAGACUCUCAUGUCAUUGUGGCUUUGGCGAUUGAGGAGGCAGAGGAGUGGUUGAAACAACAGACGCUAAUAUCCCAGGCUACCAAUAGAGACGCUAAUCGACAUGUACAACACGUUCACCGCUGA